UCAUGCAGUACUUACCUAAAGUUGAGGACAUCAAAAAUACGUCAAUCAAACAAAUGGUGUGAUCGUAGACUUUAUCCUUCCCUAUCUUUCUCUACUUAUUUAUAAAUCCGCCCACGCGAAACCCUCUAAAUAUUAGUCGUAAUGUAACAAGGAUUUAUUAAAAUUAAAAUAAUCGAGCGCGUCAUCGUACAAUAUUGUACACAAAACCAUCAUGUUUUCGCGUAAAAUUCAUUAGAAAAAUAAAAAUUUCAAUCGCAUAUAUCAAACAAGCUUCAAUCAUGAAUUUCGACGACAAUUCGAGCAGUGGCUAUGCCACGGCGGAGACAAUUUACGGGACGCACGAAGACAAUCAAGUCGUGAUGUCCGAGAAGGUACAAUCGCUGGCUGGGAGUAUAUACCAAGAGUUCGAGAGGAUGAUAGCGCGGUACGACGAGGACGUGGUCAAGACCCUUAUGCCUCUUCUGGUGAACGUGCUGGAGUGCUUAGAUUCCGCGUACCAGACCAACCAGGAGCACGAAGUGGAGCUGGAAUUGUUACGAGAAGACAACGAGCAACUAGUCACGCAGUACGAGAGAGAAAAGUCAGCCAGGAAACAUUCAGAGCAAAAGCUAUUGGAGUCAGAAGAUCACUAUGAGGGGGAAAGAAAAGACCUGACUGGACGGCUGGAAGCUCUCGACAGCAUUGUCCGUAUGUUGGAAUUGAAACACAAGAACUCCUUGGACCACGCCAGCCGUCUUGAGGAGAGGGAGAAUGAGCUUAAGAAGGAAUAUUCGAAACUUCACGAGAGAUACACGGAGCUAUUCAAAACUCAUAUGGACUAUAUGGAACGCACCAAGCUGCUUCUGAGCACGGCCAGUGACCGCAGCGAAGUUAGGGGCAGGUUGGGCUUGAAUCCCGUCGGUCGUUCCAGCGGUCCGAUCUCAUUCGGUUUCGCGUCGCUGGAGGGCUCUGUACACGCUGUGGAACAAACCGAGAGCAUUCCGGGGAGUCCCGUGAGCCUCUCCUCAUCACCGCCCACACCUCCCAUUGGGUCAGAACUGGCUGCAGUGCGGACGGUGGAAAGGGCUCACCAAACCGACCCGAUCACCCAACAGAGCCAAGCAACUUCGCCGGUAGCGCCUCCGAACGCGAACACGGGCAGGUCGCAAACCAAGAGCGAGAAGCGCAGCGGGAACACGCUGUACCAGGAGCUGGCAUUCCACGACACCGAGGCGAACAUCAACGAAGUGGACGACGGCGCCGACUUUACCGGAAGCUGGGUCCAUCCUGGAGAAUAUGCAUCUUCAGUUAAUGAUAACUAUUUUGGUAUGGGCAAGGAGGUAGAAAAUCUCAUCUUGGAGAACACCGAACUUUUAGCCACCAAAAACGCCCUGAACGUGGUGAAGGACGAUCUCAUAGUUAAAGUUGACGAGUUGACCGGGGAGCAGGAGAUAUUGCGCGAGGAAGUGGCGGCCUUGAGCUCCGCCCGGGAGAAGCUCCGAGAGCGCGUGUCACAGCUCGAGGAAGAGCUCCGUCAACUUCGAGACGCCCUGAGCGCCGGGGCCGGCACGGUGGCCGACGAGGACGAGGCCGACGUGCCGAUGGCGCAGCGACGCAAGUUCACGCGCGUUGAGAUGGCCAGAGUUCUCAGGGAACGUAAUCAGUACAAGGAGCGCUUUAUGGAAUUGCAAGACGCAGUCCGCUGGACGGAAAUGGUGCGCGCAAGUCGAGUCGACUCGUCCAUCGACAAGAAGAACAAACAGAGCAUUUGGAAGUUCUUUAGCAACCUUUUUAGCUCGAGCGAGCGGCCGCAGCGGCCGCUGUCGACACCCCACAUGCGGGCGGUGGACGCGCCGCAGCCGUCUAUGCGGCACUCCAGGACGCAGGCGGACUUCAUCGAGACGCAGCUGUCCGAUCACCACCACCGGCGCAACGACCACGCGCGCUCCGAACAGUUCCGACAGGUUCGGGCGCAUGUUCGCAAAGAGGACGGGCGCACGCAGGCGUACGGAUGGAGUCUCCCGUCGAAGAGUGGGCAUGGACACAAAGGCAAUGCCUGUCUUUCGCUGUCCUCCGGAGGUGUACCAGUGCCAGUACCGGUAUUCUGCAGGCCACUAGCUGAGUCAGAGCCACAGAUGACGUUGUUCUGCGCGGCCGGCGUCGACCGGGGUGGCGGGCGCACUCCCGACGGCGGAUGCAUGGUGGGCGAAAGUGUCUUCUACGACGAUCGUCAAGAGAAGACAGAGGACGGUGUGUGUUUAGCGUACGAAAUGAACGCAGUGGGCCAGCCGCUAAACUCGCCCGAGGUGGAGCAAAUCGACGCCCAGUUGGAGUCCACGCGAGAGGUGCGCGCUCUCAAGAACCAGUCCUCACUGGUCUGGAUUUGUUCUAGCAAGCAGUCGAGGGGUGUUGUUAUGAUAAUCGACGCGAACAACCCGGCGGAAGUGAUAGAAUCGUUCCCCGUGAGCGACAAGCAUAUCCUGUGCAUCGCGUCGGUGCCGGGCGCUGUGGACGAGGACUACCAGGAGCUCCGAGCCAGCCAGGACCGCGCCGUCGUCGCACACGACACUGACAACAAAAGGCAUUCGCAAUCGCUGUUCUGCGUCGGCAAGAGCGACUCCUGCGAGAGCCAGAGCAACGAGAGCCAGGUGUCCAGCAGUAGUGGGACGGGAGACCACGGAGAGAAGGAAGUUGUAGUCGGCAGCACAAGAUUGGUGCAAGCUACCCUCCUAACGCCGCCGAGGACGCCUUCCAAGGAUGCGCCUUCGCAGGAAACCAGCGAAGGCAAAGAGUCCGACGGGUCCGCCGCAACCAAGGUUCCUGCCACUGACAGUCCGCCGCUCUCCUCCACACCCAUCAAUGCGGAAAUCGAGGCGACGAACUCCCCGGAGCGGGGAGUGGACGCGUUUACUGAGGAGCAAAAUGCGGAUGAUACUUCGGAUGGACGCACCAUGUCCACCGUGAUGGCGACCAUGUGGCUCGGCACCAAGAGUGGCAACCUGUACGUGCACUCCGCCAUACACAACUACAGAAAGUGCUUGGCCAGGGUGAAGCUGAACGACGCUAUUCUGUCGAUCGUGUGGUGCGCUUCCCGCUGUGUGGUGGCGUUAGCGGAUGGCACCAUCGCGAUAUUCGCGCGUCACCAGGACGGCCAGUGGGACUUCACGCAGUACUGGCUCAUGACGCUUGGCGACCCCAAGUGCUCAGUGCGUUGCCUGAGCGCGGUGGGCGGCGCCGUGUGGUGCGGUUACCGCAACCGCGUGCUGGUCGCGGACCCGCGGACCCGUCGCCUCCUGCACUCGCUGGAGGCGCACCCGCGCCACGAGAGCCAGGUGCGCCAGAUGGCGGCACACCGCGACGGCGUGUGGGUGUCAAUAAAGAUGGACUCUGCAUUGAGGUUGUACCACGCGCACACGUAUAAGCACUUGAGGGAUGUGGACAUAGAGCCAUACGUCAGCAAGAUGCUGGGUACGGGCAAGCUGGGCUUCUCUCUCGUGCGGAUCACCGCACUGCUGAUCAGCUCCGGCCGGCUUUGGAUCGGCACCAGCAACGGCGUCGUGAUCUCCGUGCCGCUGUCCGAAGUCUCGUCCAGCUCAGCCACUAACACCGCGGCUAGAGUGCCAGUGCCCGGUCACGCGUCAGUGGUACGUGCGGGCACUGUCCCGGGCACGACAGUCAGCCCCGGUGACUGUAUCCCUUGGUGUUCUAUGGCGCACGCCCAGCUCAGCUUCCACGGGCACCGGGACGCGGUGACCUUCUUCGUGUCAGUCCCGGGGGCGGCGACGCAACCGACGCCGGAGUCGCCCACCGCGCGCCGCGCCCCCACCCUCACCCAAACACCCAUGCUGGUCAUAUCCGGGGGAGAGGGGUACAUCGACUUCAGAAUAGCCGACUCCGAGAUGGAAGACAGCGUGGUGGCCGCGGAGGACGGGCCGUCCAGCGGGCACAGCUCUCUCGCUGAGCGCGCGGCUCGCAGCCACCUCAUAGUGUGGCAAGUGGCCUCAGCCUAGCACGCGCCGCGCCCGCGCCGCCCGCGUCCGCCCUCCGACUGCGACUACGUCUACGUCUGCAUGUCCGACAAGCCGGCGGACAUCCACUAGUGCCGCCGCAGCCCGCCACUCCGCGACACACCGACCUCUGUGACAACAUUGCACUGGCUGUCACUGACAGUUUAAAUUUUGUCCCCAAUUGAAGCGCCACUUGUGACAUACGAGUGCCUCUGGAACUAGUAAUAACGUGUUUUCAUUUUCAGACACUUAUGACAGCGUCAAGCUUACGGCGCCUUUCAAUUGGAGACACUGACCUCUAUUACAACACUGACCUCUAAAAUAAAGCUUGACUGGCUGUCCCUAAAAAAAUACAGCUUAGAUGAUGUCCCAAUUGGAACGCCACUUGUGACAUACGAGUGCCCUGGAACUAUUAAAAUCGUUACUUAGACUUAACACUUGUAUAACAGAGUCAUACUUACAGCCCUUUUGAAUCGGAGACCCUAAUUAAUGUCCCUAAAAAUUACAGCUUAAAUGUGUCCUCGG